AUGACAGAACUCGAUAAUUGUGCUCAAUCCAUAUGGCCACUCAUAUCCAAUAUCAAUGGCUCCCUUUCAUUCAUAAGUUCCUUCAUAUCCCUUCUACCCCAAAUAAUAGAAACAUAUCAUGAUAAGACAGUCAUUGGUUUAUCACCAUAUUUUUUACUAGCAUGGUUAUGUGGUGAUAUAACAUCAUUAAUAGGUGCCAUUUUAACUGAUCAAUUAUCCUUCCAAAUCAUAUUGGCGAUUUAUUUCCUUUUUAAUGAUUUAUUUGUUUGUGGACAAUAUUACUAUUAUGGGAUCAUUCAUAAAAAUAAAUUAGCUACUAUGAGUCAUGAACCUAAACCGCUACUCACAACAAUUGACAUCGAUAUGGAUAAUAACACCAAUUCUAACACGAACGGAGAUGAUGACCAUUCAAGCAACUCCAACGGGUUGGAAGCAAUAAGAAGUAGAGAUAGCAGUCAAAGAAGGGCUGCUUUAAUCACAGCAUUGACCAUUGCAAAUUCUAUAAAUAGUGCUGAAGCACAAUCGCUACCACCACCUUCAUCAUCUCCAGUCUUAAGAAAUAAUCGAAUCGGUACAAUAUUAUCAUGGAUGGGGGCAAGUUUCUACGUCGGAGCAAGGAUACCACAACUAUAUAGGAAUUAUAAGAGGAAGUCCACCGAUGGAUUGUCUCCUUUCUUGUUUGCGACUACAUUGUUGGGGAAUAUCACUUAUAAUGUUAGUAUUUUCACAAGUUGUAAUGUAUUGAUGAAUGAUGAUAAGAUUGGGUUUAUUAAGAAUGAAAUGCCAUUCAUAUUCGGGAGUGCGGGCACUAUUAUAUUCGAUUUGAUUUAUUUUUAUCAAUAUUAUGUAUUAUAUGCUGAUGAUUUGAAAUUAAGAGAAUUGGAACGAGAAAUAAUGGAAGAGUGUAGUAAUGAAGAUGUUGAUGGACAAGGAGUCGAGGUAUCAGAAAGGACUGCAUUGUUAUUAUGA